UAGGAAAAUAACUUAGCAUUCCGGUGAAGUAUUCCAAAUGGGGAUUCGCACCCACUCUAUGUGGGCCUCUCCAUUUCGCUUUGGGUUCUCGGUUCUUCAGUCUGUCUUCGCCAUCGAAAGUACACGCAACUCGCCGGUCAAAAAUAAUAAAUUAAUAAUAAUAGCACCGAAAUAAAUGUGAUAGAUCGAUCUAGAGGCGAACAGCAUUAAAAUUCAGCAUGGGACAUUCGUCAAAUUUGUUUUGGUUCUUUGUUUUCGUGUUAAUCACAAAAGUAUACGCCGCGUUGUCCAAUCCAUUGCCAUCGAAAGUCGAAGUAUACAAUCAGCCUGAAGAUACACCUGGAAAAGAAAGAGCCAAAGUGAGGAACUAUUUCGUCCGCGAGCCCUACGGGCCCAACACAUAUUCCUUUGAUCCGCAGACGCAGAACUCUCAGUUCCGAGAAGAAAAACGAUUUGUGAAUGGCAGCAUUCAAGGUAGCUACGGGUAUGCAAGGCCAGAUGGACGCAUUGAAGUCACCAAAUAUAUGGCGGAUGAGGAUGGAGGUUACUCGGCCCAGAUUCAGAUUUUUAAGGCAGGCGAUGAGAAAGUCAAAUCAGUUUGGCCCACCGAAAGACCUGAUAUACUGGUGGAGAGAAGCAAAUCGGAUGCGCCUACAAAUGUCACCUGGGAUCCAAAGAGCCAUCUCAACGUGACCGUCUCCCACGUGGCGGAUCAUGUUGCCCAGCAGCUGAAGGAGCAACAUGGAAUCGACCUAAACCACAUCGAUGUGAGCAAGGAUGUGCUUAAGCCAGCGGUGCUCGAUGUCAUCCAGGGCAAGGACCCAACUAAGGGUCGCCCUGUUCAGAAUCUAAUUCCCCAGCAGUUUCCCAUAGUUCCCUUCCAACUGCCGGCGGCUCAAGAAACCACCAAGGCCACCACAGCGGAGCCCGAGAAAACUGAAAGUUCAAAAUACCACAGGGCCCAAACCAACAAUGCCGAAAAGGCUCCACAAGUCGAGGAGCCGGAGGCCAGAUUACCGCCGCCCGGGCCACUGGUCAAUAGCAGUCCAAGCGAUGCAGAUUGGCAACGGCGAACCAUUGAGGCAAAUCGCCGUGAAUUCCUGGCCAAUUUACCAAACCUAAGUGAGGCCAGGCCAGAGUAAAUGUUUGAAAAUGUUUCACCAGGCCAAACUAAAUGCUUAAUAGUUUUUUUUACAAGAAAUGCUAAAGAGGGGUUGGUAACCAAAGUACA